CACCAUGUGGGAUGGAUUAUAUGCGGCUUCUUCACCAUCGUUUCAAGCAUCACGUCCUUCUGGCUCAUCAACAAGCAUCUCCAGUGGUACACAAAUAAGCAUGAACAGCGCCACAUCGUCCGCAUCUUGUUUAUGGUGCCCAUAUAUGCAGUGAUCAGCUUGGCAUCGUACCUUUUUUGGGAUAAUUCUACCCCGCUACUUCUUAUCCGUGACUGUUACGAAUCGGUCGUCCUCACAGCUUUCUUCUACCUUCUAUUGACCUACCUUUCCCCGAAUAUCGAGGAGCAGAAGGAUAUAUUUCGCAAGGAAGGACUGUCUCGCGAGCAUGACAUGGAGUUGAUGGCACGUGGAGAAAAGCCAGGCAAAUGGGCCUUUCCGCUGUUCUUCGUUAGAUGGAAGCCGCAGGAUGGAUUAUACUUCCUGCAACUUAUGAAGUGGGGCGUCCUGCAAUAUUGUGUUAUCAGGCCGACGACCACCCUCGCUGCGGUGGUACUGAAUUAUGCUGGCCUCUAUUGCGAGGAAUCCUGGUCACCUGCCUGGGGACAUGUAUAUAUCUCCGCUCUUAUCUCCGCCAGUGUUUCAAUUGCCAUGUAUUGUCUCCUUCAGCUCUAUUUCUGCGUGUCGAAGCAGCUUUCGCCUCAGAGGCCAGUUCUGAAAUUGUUCGCUGUCAAGGCUGUUGUGUUCCUCACUUUCUGGCAAGCUUCUGCGUUAUCUCUCCUCUCUAUGAUAGGAGUCGUCAAAGAUACUCCAUAUAUGACCGCGGAAGAUAUAAAUAUCGGUUGGGGCGCUCUUCUUGAGACCCUGGAGAUGAUGAUCUUUGCAUUUGUUCACAUACGUGCUUUCAGCUAUAUGCCUUACCGCUCAGAUACCGAGCAAACCCCACGUCUGCGCGCACUGAGACAUGCGAUGGACUUCAGGGAGACUUUCCGCGAGUUGACAAACGGAUGCGUCUACAUCUGGCACCGAAUGCGCGGGAUUGAAACGGACACGAGGGCAAGACGCGAGGCUGUGUUGGAGGGCGCAUUUGGUCAAUCCAGGACACAGGUCUGGCGUGCCCGUGAUAAGGAGAAGGACACGAUCGGGGUGGAAGUCGACGUGGAAGUGGAUCGACUGGUCAUGGUCGAAGGGGAAAGGCAGUGGUUGGGUAUCGGGGACAAUUACGGGUAUGGGUUAAUGAGGCGAGAAAGAAGCGACGGUUUAGAAGAGCAGAUUGACAAAGAACUGUCGAAAAGAGGAUAUGCGAAGCCAGGACACCGAUCACAAGAAGACCCGGGAGACCCGGGAGAAGGGCAUGCUCGUGGCCGUCGUUCAUGGUGGCGCAGCGUUUACGAUCGUGUCUCUCAAUCUGGUCCAGACCACGAUAAUACAAGGUUCACGCCCAUUCCCAAACGGAAUCGAAGUCGGUUGCAGCGUAUCUCA